AAUUCCGAGAUUGAACUCUAAAGCAAUUGAGAAUCGCGGGGGAGAGACGAUUGGGAAGUGAAGAAGAAACUAGCGAGCUAGAAUCGAAGAUAUCCAAUUGAAAUUAGGAUUUCUACUUCCCUCGAUUUUCCUGUUUCAAUGGCGGAUAGGUACUGGAACCAGCAGCAACACCUUCCAGCUGGUCCUCCGAAACGUCGCCGUUCCGAUUUCGAAGCUCCACCAUUAGCAGGCCAUGAGCUGCACAGUGGUGGUGGUGGUGGUGGUUAUUAUCCGAGGGAUGAAGAUAUUGAUACAAGAACUAUAGGAUCAGCUUAUGAUCGUUACCUCCAAAGCGUGCAAACAAGUUCUAUGCCACUGGGAGGAGAUUCAGGUCCACGUAACGGUGUUGCGAUGGAUGAGUUUAUGAUGAGACGUGGUGGUGGAGUUCACGGCUUAAAUGGUCGUGAUAUGGGUUUUGAUCCGUUAGAUUCUGUUGAUAGGCGUAACCGUGACCCACUUCCUUUACCUCCAGAUGCGUCAAAUACUCUUUAUGUUGAAGGUCUUCCUUCUAAUUGCUCUAGGAGGGAAGUUGCUCAUAUCUUUCGACCUUUUGUAGGAUAUAGAGAAGUGAGACUUGUCACCAAAGACUCCAAACACCGUAACGGAGAUCCUGUUGUUCUUUGCUUUGUUGAUUUUACAAACCCUGCCUGUGCAGCAACUGCUCUGAGCACCUUACAAGGCUAUCGAAUGGAUGAAAACGACCCUGAUUCCAAGUCCUUACGGCUCCAGUUUUCAAGAAAACCAACUUCAAGACCGGGACAACGAGGAAGGAGGUGAUGACACGACAUCAACCAAAUGGUUAUUUAUUGUCUCUGCCUCUGCUGCUGCUAGUCUUUAGCGAGAAGAGACAUCCUCUUUCAAGUAGAAUCUCAAUGAAACCGAACAUUACAUUACUUGUUUGUAUUAUUUGUAUCCUUAAAGCAUAUAGAAACUUAAAAAGAAACAUAUAUGUUGGAAUGUGUAGAAUCUGAGGAUAUA